GUCAACGUUUCCCUGGAUCCGCCAUUUCAGUCCUGGAGUUUCUUGUUGCACAUUAGUUUUGAGUUUUAAAUGUAGUUUUUUAUCGGCGAAGCAGUAAAAUAUUGCGAUUUGUAUAACAACGUCGACUCAGUCGAAUCAAACGCUUUGACGUUGUUUGGUUAAAGUUGCACAAUUCUUGGCGUUGCGCCGUUUUCCGAGCGCCAGCGUUAGUCAACCAAAGUUUUUGUAUGAGUUGUGGAUAGGGAGAGGCCUCAAGCCUCGGACGAGAUUUCACAGCCAUGGCCGGUAAUUUUGAUGCCGAAGACCGUGAUAGCUGGUACUGGGGCCAGCUGAAUCGUCAGGAAGCCGUCUCCCUUCUUCAGGGACAGAGACACGGUGUUUUCCUGGUGAGGGACUCGAUCACCAUCCCUGGCGACUACGUUCUGUCCGUAUCGGAGAACUCCAAAGUGUCCCAUUAUAUAAUCAACAGCAUCAGUAACAACAGGCAGUCUGGCUCAGGUUUGGCUCCUCCUCGGUUUCGGAUCGGGGAUCAGGAGUUUGACGCGCUGGCAGUCCUGCUGGAGUUUUAUAAGAUCCACUACCUGGACACCACUACACUUAUAGAGCCCGUAAGCAAGGCCAAGAACGCAGGUUUCGUCAGGUCCUCUGCCGGUGUCCCACAGCAGUCAGAGGAGGCUGAGUUCGUCAGGGCUCUGUUUGACUUCCCUGGCAAUGAUGAGGAGGACCUCCCCUUCCGUAAGGGCGACAUUCUGCGCGUGCUGGAGAAACCAGAGGAGCAGUGGUGGAACGCUGCGAACCAAGAGGGCCGAGCUGGAAUGAUCCCCGUGCCCUACGUGGAGAAGUACCGGCCUGCCUCGCCCACCGCUGCUGGUCUGAGCCCUCCUGUUGGGGGGGCUGGACAGGGAGGGCAAGCUGGAGCAUUAGUAGGCAGCACAGAUGGAACAGGGGCAGCACCGGUCAACCCUCUGGGCGACCCAGGCCAGUAUGCUCAGCCCGUAGUCAACACUCAGCUUCCCGACUUACAGAAUGGUCCCGUGUAUGCGCGAGCCAUUCAGAAGAGGGUGCCCAACGCCUACGACAAGACGGCGCUGGCUCUCGAGGUGGGAGACAUGGUAAAAGUGACCAAGAUCAACGUGAACGGUCAGUGGGAGGGCGAGUGCAAGGGCAAACGGGGCCAUUUUCCCUUCACCCACGUUCGACUGUUGGAACAACACCAUCCCGACGACGAGAGCUGAGGAAACCCCCCCGCGCUCCCGUCGUCCUUUCUCCCUUCUCUCUGGCCAUUUUGACAGAUUUUUCGACAAGCACACAGAAUAUGAAUCUAUGACCCGUCAGGACUUUGACCCUGACCCUGCCUUCACGCGACGUGUCGGCCUAUCUUGCCUAAUGUCAUUUUCAUGGACGCCAUUCAUGAGUUUACACUACGGUCAGACUGAUAUCGGUUUUACCUAUAUUACCUUCUUUUCUUUUUUUCCCCUUACUCAAUGACAGCCACAACACACAAGGAAAGCUCGACAGUAAGUGUGUUGGUGUGUUCCAGUUGUAGUUUUACGAACGCCCCCUCAACUUGGCGCGACCUCGCAAACCCCGUCAUAGGAUUCCAAGAUAGAACAGAAAAAAAAACUUGUGUCAUAUUUGUUUCACCGUAAAUCAGUCGUACAUAUAAUACGGUUACAUUUUUAUCUGUAGAUGUGUUGCUCUACUGAUACGGUGUAGAGCGUUGCUAUUGCCAGGGUUCACGUUUUUUCUGACUUCUGCGAGUUCCUUUGUUAACCUCCGUGAUUAGAAAACACGAGUCGACCGUUAACUCACUUUAUAUUUUUCUAUCAUCUACUUCAAGCAAACCGAAAGUAAGGCAUUGUUUUCCAGAUGCUUUUACACUUAACCUGCUUGGAUUCAAAUGAACUGCUGCACUGAGUUCAGUUCACCGGAUUUAACAUGGGGUUUAAUAACGUUACACACGUUUUAUCAGGCAUUCAGAAGCGACGCUAAUCUCUGACUCUGAACUGGAAAAAGUGAGAGUCAUGUCGUGACCACACAUUAGCUGCCAUGCAUUAGCACAAGACACUUCCUCUUUGGCUUGUUUUUUUGUUUUUUGAAUCUAUCGGGCAUUAUUUAUUACACGAGAAAGCCCCAGUUACAGGCUCAGCUAAUCAUUCCAUUUGUUGAACCCAUUUGUUUUAUUCGUUUACUCUUCGUCUCACUGAAUGAGAUCGAAACGAUCAAACGGGAGUGAUGACGCACGCUCACAGUCACCAAACCAUUCCAGUCAGUAGCUGUGUUUGUAUGUGCGGAUUUUCUUCAUUCCAAAAAGAUUCUUUCCAAUUGGAAUUUACAAUUUUCAUUGUUUACAUGGACUUAAAGUUAAAUGAUUCGAUUUUGGAGUGCGUCGUGCAGAGUUAGUGUCUAAUUCUCUGCAAGUGAAGCAGCUUCCGUAGUAAACCAGGGCUGCAACUAACGAUUAUUUUCAUAAUUGAUUCAUGGGUCGAUUAUUUUAUUGAUUAAUCAAGUAAUCGUUUGGACCAUGAAAUGUCAGAAAUGUUGAUCAGUGUUUCCCGAACCUGGAAAUAGUAAUGAAGAAAAGUGACGAUGAAUUUAAUAAUCCAUUUAAUCCAGUAAUUGUUUCAACCCUUCUGUAUAUACAGCAGUAACAAAAGGGGAAAGCGUUUGCGUGGAUCCGACAUCGAAACAAUACGCGGCAUAUACUAGCCCUCUCAAUUCGGAAUGGGCUGUAUCGGAUCAGAGUUCGACAUUUACGACAUAUUGUUUUAUUCCAAUGAGGCUUUUAUUGCGAUUACUUGUGUCCAUGUAAACAUCGCUCGUGAAUUACCUCUUGUCCAUUAAACUUAGGCUCUUCUUCUUUGGUGCCAUUCAUAACUAAUCAUUAAUCCACACGUCUCCACUUCGUCAUUCUCCUCCGGAAAAGUGCCAGAUUUUUUCAUUUUUUCACAUUUUCAAGACAAAGACGUCUCCGCUAGCUAGCAAACCAAAGGCAGGGUGCAGUUACUCGCGAGUGCACCGUAAACGGUGGAAACGGCACACGUUACAAACAGCAAACAGGUUUUUUUAUAUCGGUUAUAGAACAGAAGACAGAAAAGAAUCGGUUUUCGUAAUGUUUUUCCACAUGUUCUCAGCCACUACUCUCUAACAUCGACUACUUGGACAAAAGUGUUCAGACUCCUGACCAUUCCACCAAAAGCUUCCACUCUUUUUGGGCAACUUUUGUCAAGAUCAAGAAAGUGUUUCUAUGGCAAUGUGUGCCCGUUCAUUCUGUAGAGCGUUUAUGAGGUCAGGCACUGAUGUUCCAGUUCAUCCCAAAGGUGCUCGAUGGGGUUGAGGUCAGGUCAGUCAAGUUCUUCCACACCAAACUUGUCAAAUGAUGUUUUUUAUAGUCCUUGCUUUGUGCACUGGAGCACAGUCAUGUUGGAAUAGAAAAGAGCCUUCCUCAAUAAGGUUGGAAGCACAACAUUGUCCAGAAUGCCUUGGUAUGCUGAAGGGUUAGAGCCCAAAGCCUGAUUGAAACACCUCAAUUUAAUUCUUAGCAGGUGUGGCCAAAUACUUUUGUCCGUAUUGUGUAUCUGCGAAGAGGAGACACACUGCAUUUGUUUUACAGGGACUUUUAACAAGCAAUAGCCUCAGUGAAUUCACUCAAUACUUAAGAAAAAAAAAAAGCUGCUACAGUAAAUCAGGUUUAAAGGCCAGCAGGGAAAUGGAACAACAAGAUUCUCAGAGAGCAUAACGUCAUAUUCAAGCCUGUUUUAUAUGCGCAGUGGACAGUAUUAGGCAGCAGUGACCGAUAUCAGUCAAACCUUAGUUUACACAGAUCCAGCCCAGUAUUGACGUAUGCACUCCACACACACUUGUCCCCUCCCACCAUUGCUCUGUGUACCCCCCACACACACACACCCACUGCAGUUCAUUCAUACACAGAAGGGAAAAACAUUGAUUGCACACAGGAGGUGAAACACUCAGCUGCUCUCACUGAAUCAUGAAUCAGUGAGGGUUUUUUUUUUUGUUUGUUUUUUGGGGUGUAAUUCUAGACUGUGAACCUCAGAGUGAAACAAGCAAAGACUUUUCCUGACGGCGUCCAACUCGCAACGUACACACUACAAACCCCCAAGUCCUCUUUUUUUGUACUAAAAGUGGAAAAUAUUAUGAUAGAAUUGAUUUUAUAUAUGAAUAUAUAUAUAUAUAUAUACACACACCUGACCUUACAUGCUUAAAUACUGUAAACCUUUGUUUCUUCCUUCCUUACAUUUGAUUUUUGUUUACUUUUUUUGAGACUGUACGCCUAUUAUUACCUUUUAAACACAAUCCGGCGCCGACGUGGACGACUUCAAAUGCAGCAAAGAACAAAACAAACACCGGACGUGGACGAACGAAGAUGAUAUGGAGGGAUUUUCUUUUUUUGUCUUCCAGCUGUUUAUUUUUCCUAUUUUUUUUAAAGACGUUGCAUCAGCUGCUUAUGUGUUUGAGAAAAACAGCGAACUUCACCCUAAACACUAGAUCUUAUGCAUUUUUUUUUUGUUCUUGUUCAUGUUUAACUGCUAAAACAGACAUGAUGUCACUUGGUCAUUUCCUGUGCCGCUGAAAUGCUGUGAUUGACUCUGACGAUGCUGUAGGUUUACUGUUCCACAUUGAAAACUUUGUUUCCACACAGCUCUCACUAUGUCAAUAUGAAAAUAAACCAUGAAAAAAGAAAUAAGUCAGUUUCUCA